AUGGAUGCCUGGAAGAGCUGGGCACUUUUCGGUGGCACUGCCAUAGUAAUUGGCUACUAUUAUGCUACAACCGGUGGACAGAAAAAACGAGGGAGUGGUUGGAGACCUUUCAGUGCACAGGAAACGCGCACUGGCAAUGCCUCGAAGCAACGAAACAGUAGCAGAGAUAACAGAGCAAAAGAAACAGAGAGGGCUAAGCUGCCAGAGGACACCUCCGACGCAUCUGCGGCCUCCCCACAGGGUGGUGUUAGCGACAAAGCCAAAAAGAGGAGGGAGGUAAAGAACAAGCAGCCAAGCAAGCUUGCACAGUCCUCGGCUGCGGAAGUGAACUACGGCUCAGGACAGGAUACGGCAGAGAAAGAUCAGGAUGAGGAAGACAAUCUGGAAUUUGCGAAGCAGCUUUCAGACAAGAUGACGGGGACGUCAUUGAAGAAGCCAGAGGGUACACAGAAUAAGAAGGCGAGAAAGCAAGCAAAGCGCGCUGAAGCAGCGAUCGUGCCUGAAAGCAAACUCGACAGCCUCCUCUACAACAGGGGAGAUGCUGAUGAUGAUUUUUCAUCCGCAAACUCGGCCGACCUCGGCGUCACUAACACUACCACACCUUCUGGCGCAGAUAUAUCAGACAUGCUCGAGCCACCAACAAAGGGUCCAUCCAUUCUUCGAUUGACAGAACCUGCGAAUCCUCAGCCUCAAAGGCAGCCCAAAGCCCAAAAGCCGGUGCAAGAACAAGAGACCAAGAAGCAGAGGCAGAAUCGACGCAAGCGGGAAGAGGAAAAGACCUUGCGUGAAGAAGCGGAGAGGCAGAGGCAGAAGCUUCUCGAGAACCAGCGACGGACUGCCAGAGAGGCCGAAGGGCGACCUGCAAAGAAUGGUCUCGGUUCUUCUCAGCCACCUGCGAAGAAUGCCUGGUCCACCACCACAAGUAAUGGUGGUAACAACAACACCACCAAGAAGGCCGCGCCACCGCAACAUACCGACCUUCUUGAUACAUUUGAGGAUGUAACAACUGGUGCAAACGCUCCGGCCGCUGGAAAGUCGACAUCAAACGGCAUGUCUUACGGCAGUCUUCCAUCCGAAGAGGAGCAAAUCAGCAUGCUCAAGGAGCUGGACAGCGACAACGGCUGGAAUACCGUCGCCAAGGGUGGGAAAAAGAAGAGACCCAAUGUACCAGCCAGCGAAGAUGAGAGCAGUAACAGUGCACAGGAGACGAAAGCUAAGCCCACCGGAGCCUCAAAUGGAGAGUCUAGCUUCCCCAAAGGCGCCCCAGGGACCGCGCUCAAGGCGCAAGCUAAUGGUGUUGCUAAGACCACAAAGGCACCCAAGGAGCAGGUACACUCUGGGAAAGCAACGCGAGAAACUCUGGAUCAUGGUGUAUGGAACCGUUCCAACAUCCAUGAGCACCCUGACUAUGAUCCUGCCUUUCCCUACGCUUUGACCGGCCAUCCCGACGACUCGGAUUGGGCUGUUGUAUGA